UCCCUUCUCUUUCUCUCUCUCUCUCUUGUCUCUCAUAUUCCCAAACAAAGACACCAACUCUACAUUCUUAAUUCCCUUUCUAUUUUUAACGUUAUUGAGAAACAUGACAACAAACAUGUUGAAAAUUCAGGCUUUCUUUGUUCUCACCUUGUUGGUUAACUCUGCGUUGAUGGGCCUAGAAGCCCGUCCACUGAGCAUCAUUGGGACAGGAAACUCGGGCACCGGAGGGGAAGUGGUGGACUUGUUUGAUUGGUUAUCUCUGGGAGCAAUGAAGGAUUCUGGGCCAAGCCCAGGGGUGGGACACAAGUUCACCAAUAGUGACACCCUUGGUGGAAUCAAGGACUCGGGUCCAAGCCCAGGAGGAAAGGGUCACAAAUUUACCAACAGUGAAACCCUUGGCGGAAUUAAGGACUCUGGUCCCAGCCCUGGCGUAGGACACUAAAAUGUCCCCCACACCCUUCGGUUUAAGGGACAACGAUGACCACACGUUACCCUAUACUUGGCAAAUAGUUCUCAAGAAAAUAUAUACGUAGUUGGAAAAUAAGUUUCAUGUUAAUUGAUUCCUUCAUUUCUUCUAUGUAGUCGGAAAAUAUGUAUCAGGUUAAUUGAUUCCUUCGUUUCUUUUCUGUCUACAUUUUUUAUUUCACUUCAUUGAUACUCCUAUAUAUUCAUGUACUGUGGUUCAGAUAGUUGUGUCGUAGUGUGAAUGGUAAUUGGUAAAGUAAGGACAGAGUAAUGUAUGCAAUUCACAUGUACAACUGUACAAUUAUUUAUGGAAUUAUGGCAUUCAAGUUGA